AGAGGAUGCUUGUGCUGUAUAUAAAAAAGUCUAUACUAUGUAUUUCAAAGUAAAGUCUUACUUUAAAAGUCACACAGGGUCAGGAAGUAGCAUGAAGAUUUGAACCCAUGUGUACUAAGUCUGUUUGCACCUCUGGGCUAAAAUUUGUUUCCUCCUUGGUUGCUUCCAUCUUGCUCUCUGACCUCAAAGCAGGAGGAAGUGAGGGCCAUCUCCUAUGUUGUUGGGAACAGCAGAACCUAGAGGGUUGGUGGUUUGGCAGUGGGUGGUAAAAAGUCUCUUUAGACUUCUCAGAUACACUCCAUGGAUCUCAGGUUGAGGGGAGUGAAGGGCUGUGGAGGCGAUGGAGAGGAAGCAAUCCAGGGUGUACCCCCUCAUCGGUGGCUGGGGUGAAUGGUGCUGACAAGGCUGGCCAAGUAGGAGAGCGAGAAGAGAAGCAGAUUCGGGAUCGGGAGGGAAGAAGCUGUGUGCCCACCUGAAUCUGUUCAGCGUGAGAUGCCCAAGAAACGUCCCCAGAGGAAACUUGGAUGUGGUCGCGGACCUCAAGGGAGGCCAGAGCCUGAGACGCAGCCCGCAGGGAUGGAGGUCCUGGACGAGUUCGACCGCGAGUUCCCCCAGAGCGUGACCUUCUGCCGACUCAUCUCCGAGGAGGACUUCGAGAGGCAGGCGGCCACCUGCACCGAGCGCGCGCUGCGCCGCCUCUUCCGCAGCAUCGACCGCAACCCCGCGCUGGCCGAGAGGGUGGUGCGCAAGGCCAAGCUGGCCGAGUACGAGCGGCGCGGGCUCUUCUCCUUCUUCUGGGCAAAGUUCUUCUGUGCAGUUCAGGGGGAGCUGAACUGUUGCAACAGCAUGGGUGCCCUGGAGAUGCACCAGCGCCUGGAGCAGCUGAAGAGGAGCAUCCACCGCGUGCAUCUCUACUCCCAGGAUGCCAAGAAGAAGAGAAGAAAGCCAAAACUGAAAUCAGAACCCAUCCUCUUGCGAGAUCGGUCAACCUCCCCAUGCCUGGCACCAACCCUGCUGCCACCUCCACCACUGCUGUCACCUGCCACCACCAUGGCCUCCGUGGUGGCCCCAUCACCUCUUGUCUACACUAUGCCGAGGGUCUUUGGCCCCUUCCCUCCGCUGCCCAGCAAAUCGAUGGAGAAGUUGGAGGUUGCAAGGUCAGAAGUGAAAUUAAACUGGGCUGGCCUGUCAUCGAACCCAAAGAGCCACAUGGUUGAUCUGACUCCCUUGGUCCUCAACCCCGGAGGCUUCCAUUUCUCAUACCUGACUGGAAACAGUGUGCACAAGCUCCAUUGCCCUGGCUUCCCCUGGACCUCGGCUUGUAGUGGCUCCCCAAUACCGAAGAGACGCCACCCGCUCCUGUGAAGGCCUCCAUCUUCACCCCGCCUGUCUUGCUCAAGUUCCAGCCUGUGCCAAGACCCAAAGAUGACUCUGAGAAUGAUCCUAGCAGCACAGAGUCUGUGCCCCACAAGAGGGGCCCAUAGCCUCUUCCCUACAGACCAUAGCUAAA